AUGAACCACCCACCACAGGUACACCGGGGCAAACGCAAGCGCGCCUCUUCCGAAGCCGUUAUCAAUCCGUUGUCUCAUUCACCCGAUACCCUUCGCCAAUUCGCCCUCGCCGGCUACCCCAUCGACCGGCCCUUACCGUCUCAAGCCUACCCGGGUUUUCCACACCGCGCGCCCCGCCGCACCCCGGUUUUCCGGGGCCCGCGUCAUCGGAGACGGCGAGGGCCUGCUGUUGAUAGUACAGGAGGCAGAGUGAAGACAGAAGAAGGCGGGGGCGACGGCGGCGCGGAAGAAGGACGGGGUGAAGACGCCGAUACCGAAAGCGCAGCGUUUGUCUCGGACACGGACGGCGGUGAUACCGACGGCUGGCAGACGGCUACUACUGCGGGGACCACCACCACGGAUGGCGAAACUACUGAUGGCGACGAGUCACAACCUAGACCUCGGGGUCGAAGGCCGUCCCAGAGAGACCCUGAUAUCGACCACCGUGCUCGCGCUUACCGCCGGCGUGUCGGCUGGUUGACGGCUAUUGUGCAACGCAGCUUGGCCGAGGGCGAUGUGGCGACUGCUGGGCGGGCUUUUGGGUUGCUCGCCCGGGCAAGGGUGUAUGGGCGCAAGGUGGAUUUGCGAUGGGAGCGGUACUGGGAGAUGGGGGCGGAAGUGCUGAUGAGGGAAGGAGAGUUAGGGAAUAGGGCUGGGGUUGAUGAUGGUGGUGGUGUGUCGGAAGGGGGAGAGGAGGCAGGCGAACAGUACGAAGAAACUGAGGAAGUCCACGCUAACAGACUGGCCCGGCUCAAGGCUUACUACCAAUAUCUCAUCCAGCAGUACCCCUACAGCAAGCAGCACGCUAGCAGCGCGAGUAGUGCACUGGACUUUCACAUCGCGCUGUACAGCACCGAGAUGGAGGCCGCACAUGCUGCGUACGCAAGGGGCUUGGAACGCCUGCAGCGAGAGGAUGCGAGCUGGGAAAUGGGGGAUGACUAUGAGGCCGGGGGAACCCAAGCUGAUAUCGACGCCAACAUGGGCGUGGACAUGAAUACGGACGAGCCACUCGCUCAUGAUCAUAAUGAUCCCCACAACCGGGAAAGAUCUCUCCGCCAGAACACCCUCCAAACCAUGACCGAACUUGCUCAGCGCAUGGACACAACCCUGGAAACAGUCCCCUAUUCGCGCGACCCAGAACUUCUACGGCUGAGAGCCAUGGUCUCUUUAUUUCUCAGCGAUCUGCACAUGCCACCAUCGCAGGCUGCGGACAAGAGCAGAACUGGGGGGAUGGGGCGGGGAAAUGAGAGGGCUAAGGCAAGGGGGUUGUUGAGAAGGGCGAAGACCUUGGUAGAAGGGGCUGGAGGGAGAUUCGCGGAAGCUGACGAGCGGCUUUUGGAGAAUUUGGUGGAAGAGGAGGACGAUGGCGACGAAGGCGAGGACGAGGAUGGUAACAUGCACGAGGGCGACCAAGAUACUGUGGAGCAGGAUGAUGAAGAGGGUGACGAGGGGUAUGGAGACCGCUCGGUGUUGCCGAUGCUUUCGUCGAUGCAUAUGUAG